AAUCACUAAUGGCAUCUAUAGGUACUCUUUUGCCAUUUAUAUAUGUCUUUUUCUUUUUCAUCUCUCCAAGCUGGGGAAAAGUACUUGAUAAUAACCCAAUCAAACACCUUCAAGGUUGUCACAAGGGUGACAAAGUACAAGGCCUCUAUAAACUCAAACUAUACCUUGCCAAAUAUGGUUACCUAAAUUACCAACAUAGCCCUGACGACCAUACCAAUGCCGACGCAUUUGAUGAAGAGCUUGACGCCGCACUCAAAAGUUACCAAAACUUUUACCAUCUCAAUGCUACCGGGGUGCUAGAUGAAAAUACCGUUUCACAAAUGCUUGUACCGCGUUGUGGACAUCCCGAUAAGAUAAUUCAUCAACACGGGACAAAUACGUUGCAUACGGUGUCCCAUUAUGCAUUUUUCCCAAACAAAGAUAAAUGGCCCCCAAGUAAAUCACGUCUCACCUAUGCAUUCGACUCCGCCUAUCCAAGGCGAUAUGUACCACCUGUUGUUCGUGCCUUCAAUACAUGGGCUACUUCUUCUAAGUACUUCACAUUUACUAGAGUCAGGAAUAUUCAAGGCGCAGAUCUAAAGAUUUCAUUCAAACGCCCGGUCCAUGAUGAUAAAAACUUUGAACUGAAUCAUUUGGCGCAUGCACAAGCACCACCAGGUGGAUUGUUUCAUUAUAAUACAGCUUUUAAAUGGUCAGUUGGACCAAGACCAGUUCGAAAUCGUUUUGAUUUAAAGACCGUGGCGCUUCAUGAAAUAGGACAUCUACUUGGGUUAGAACACAGUCAAGAUCCAAACGCCAUAAUGUUUGCCAACAUCCCUCCAGGAGCUGUCAAAGGUUUGAACUUUGAUGAUAUCCAAGGAAUCAAAGUUCUGUAUGGAAUUAAUUAAGUGAUCGAUGAUUCUUCCAGUCCAAGUCAACAAGACCAUCAACAAAUUAAGACCCAAAAAAUUAAAGUCAUCCUAAAAAAUUGUUACACGCAUAUAUAUUUUCUUCUUUAAGUUUACCAAAGUCUUUGUUUGUACUUUUAUGUUUCUUAUUGUGGUGUAUUUAAGUGUGAAGUAUUAAUUGAAUAAAACGAAAACACAGAAAAUUGCCCCAAAA